CAUCACGUUCCGCCGCUGGUUCGGCUGAGCGGAGGCGAGGGGAGCUGAGUCGCCAUGGGUGUGGAGGUGGAGACCAUUACUCCGGGAGACGGUCGGACCUUUCCCAAAGUGGGGCAAGUCUGCGUGGUGCACUAUGUGGGUUCACUGAUGGAUGGGACAAAGUUCGAUUCUUCCCGGGACCGAAAUAAGCCAUUUAAAUUUAAAAUUGGUCAAAGUGAGGUCAUCAGAGGAUGGGAUGAAGGAUUAGCUCAGAUGAGUGUUGGGCAGAGAGCAAAGCUGACCUGUACCCCUGAUUAUGCAUAUGGAGCUCCUGGUCAUCCUGGCAUCAUUCCACCUGAUGCUACUUUGAUGUUUGACGUAGAACUCUUGAGACUUGAGUGAAAACUCUUUGGUUUUUAUUCUGCUUUUGGCACAUAAACAUGGAGGACCUUGAAAAUUGUGCAUUAAAAUGCAGGAGCAAGCAAAAUCACUACAUUUACCUUUUCCAUCUACAAUCUGCUGUAUGUCAGCAAAAAGCCUGCUUGUCACAUUUACCUUUUUGGGCAGUAAUUUAAAAUCUGAUUAUCUUAAUCCUGAACUUUUGUUUUCUUUUGAUUUAUCAUCUUUUACUUUCUAAAAGACUUAAAUUGUCCAUGAUCAAGCAUUAACAUCAAGGAACCUGUAAGUAGAAAGGAAAGCAAAUCAUUUUAAUGUUCAAUUGUUAAAGCCUAAGAUAAUCAUUUUGAAUUGAUACAUCGAAAAGCCAUAAAUUCAUUGAAAACCAGUGACAACAUGGCCAUGUGGAUUGCAAUCUUUUAAACCCAUCUUUGAAUAGAGAAGAUUCACUAUUGUGGCCUACCUGUGUUGCCUGAGUUUGUAUCUCUCUCAACACUAAUUAUUGGGGAUUUAUCCAAAAUUGGCAAAAAGUUGAUCGGAGCUGAAACGUGGGAAUUAUUUUUUGACUGGGCAAGGAAAAAGAUCAAUUUAAGUUAUCCCACCAGGUGCCUGAAUUUUUUAAUUCCACUACUUUUCUCUGCAAGUUCACAGGUUCACUUUUUAAAUCACUUCUAUCUUUGUAUGUUGUCAUUUCACCAAUGCCCUUUCACAUGCCUGUAUCCUCUGUAGGGUCUGCUGCUUUUCUCUGAUGGAAAGUUUAAGAUGGGAUAAAAUAGUAGAUCAUUCUGAAUUGUUAACACCUAAUGAUUGGAUAGGUGUCAGGGGGUGUGAUGUUCAUUUGUACAUUUCCAAAAGUGAUCACAGCCUAAUACAGAUGGUGCGUAGACUCACUUGCCUUAAGAGAGCAAACAAUGACAGCACUACAGAAAUCAUGAAUCACUAUAAACGUGAAGAGUCUUAGGGCAACUAAUCAGAGGGUUUGGCUUACUCAGAGUCUUUAUUAAUAGUGUAGGAACCAUGAAAGUGUAAAUUAUACUGUUCUGUAGCUGGGGCACUCCCCAAUAUUACCAUUGGGAUAUUUACACUAAACUUGCUUUGGAAUCAUUCCAGGCUCUGGUUGGAGUAGUGACUUUUUUCCUGGAAGUUCACCUUGUCUCACUGUGGUGCAACCAGUAGGGCUACUUCCUCACAGUGCUGAAGACGUGGGUUCAUUCCUGACCUUGGGUGCUGUUUGUGUGGUCUCCUUGUGAUCACAUGGGUUCCCUCCAGGUACUGUGGUUUCUUCCCACUUCCUAAAAAUGUGCGGGUCAAUAUGUUAAUUGACCACUGUAAAUUGCAUCUAGUGUGUAGGUGAUUAGGUAGAAUCUAGAGGGAAUUGAUGCAAAUGUAAAGGCAAUAAAAAAGGCACUCAUACAGGAUUAGUGCAGACUUAAUAGACCUGAGGGCCUGUUUCCCUGCUAUUUCUCUAUAUGAUUCUUGCACAUUUUUCCUCUGGUGGGACAAACAGUGUGCCUCUAUAAAUGAGUUAGGUGCUAGCAACAUAUUUUGUAAGCAAGACAUGCUGGUCAUCCCCUUUUCAGUGUGGCUUGUGAUCCUUUCAUUGUGCUGUAGCUCUGAUCAAUUCAAUGUAAUUCCAAAAUGCUUUUACAAUAAAAUGCUUUCUACCAA